AUGAAAGGUGGAUUUUUUGCCUCGAAGAGCUGGUUAAAACCGAAACAAAUAAAGUAUCGCAGCUACAAAAAGUUUGUCCAAGAGAAUUUCUUGAGCGAUGUAAAGCACGCCCAAUUUGAAUGCGACGGGACUAACCCGGAUAAAUCCUACGACCAUCUGACAAACACAUUCCGGAAUAUAGUGGACAAACACGCUCCAAUCAAAACGAAGUUUCUAAGGGGAAACAAUGCACCCUUUAUGAACCCGGAGCUGAAAAAAGCGAUGUACACACGUGCUAGGCUUAAACGAAGAUUAAAUAAACACCCUUCAAAGCAAAAUGAAGUAGCUUUCAAGAAGCAGCGAAAUCACUGUGUUGCUCUCCGUAAAAAGGCCAUAAAGAAUCACUUCAAGAGAGUUACAAGCAAUGGCCUCAUGUCCAAUAAAGCUUUCUGGGAUCUGGUAAAACCUUUUCUCUCAAAUAAGGGUGUUCUAGCUGGUACCAAUAUUUCCCUGAUUAAAGAUGACAAAAUAGUCACUGAUGACCAUGAUUUAGGUGAGAUUUUUAAUGAUUACUACAUAAAUAUUGUCGAAAAUACUUCUGGUAAGAAGCCUUCCAGUAUCGCCAAUGCGAAUUCGAUUGGCGAUGAUCGCGAAAUUGUAAAGUUAAUUCUUGACAAAUACAAGGAUCAUCCAAGCAUUCUAGCUAUAGUUCAAGACCCUGAGCAAACCUUUCAAUCUUUUUCUUUCAAUGAGGUUACUGCUAGUGAGGUAUGGCUCCAACUGAAAAUGCUCGAUGGCAGUAAGUCAACAGGUGUUGACCAAAUUCCACCGAAACUUGUUUCUCUCGCUAGCGAUGAUUUGACUGUGCCUCUUACUAAAGCCAUCAAUUGCAGCAUUCGAAAUUUCAUAUUUCCCCAGAAUGCAAAAACUGCUGCAGUUUGCCCCUUAGACAAAGCUUAUAGAACAGCUUACAGUACACAGCAUGUUUUGAUUAAACUUGUGGAAGAGUGGAAAUCUAAGCUUGACAACAAUUUUAUUGUAGGGUCCGUUUUGAUGGACCUGUCAAAAGCUUUUGAUUGCAUCCCGCAUGAUUUGAUUAUAGCUAAACUCCAUGCAUAUGGUUUUGAAGAAAAUGCCCUGGUUGUCUAUUCCUAUUUUAAAAAACAGAAGCAGAGUUUCCGAAUAAAUAACGUCUACAGUUCCUUCCAAGAAAUUGUAUCAGGAGUCCCACAGGGAUCUGUUCUAGGUCCCAUUCUUUUCAAUUUCUACAUAAAUGACCUUUUCUCUUUUAUAAAGCAAGCAACCAUGUACAAUUAUGCUGAUGACAACACGCUUGCUUUCUUUUCCAAAUCCUUGCCAGAUCUCGUCAGGGUUUUGGAAAAUGAAGCCAACAGCGCUUUGUCAUGGCUCGAACGAAAUGAAAUGAUUGCGAACCCGAACAAAUUCCAUGCACUCUCUGUUAAAAAGGACCAGACAAAUACUUCUGGCAUAAAUCUUAACUUUCAAGGACAUUCUAUCAAAUCUGAAGAGACUGUCAAACUUCUAGGUGUAACACUAGAUUACAAACUGAACUUUGACCCACAUAUAUCAAACCUUUGUAAAAAAGCUGCGGCACAACUGAACGUUCUUAAGCGACUCUAG